AUGAAAAGGGCCUGGCUUUGGCGACACGAAGUGGCGGAGCUCUGGGUGGGUGGUGGGUGGGAGAAGUGGCUGCAUGCCAUGUUGCACCCCCGUACGCUUGGCGGGCUGACCAGUCGAGCACUGAUAUAUCUGGCGGACCUAGCAUUUUCAUGCACCCCUCCUCUUUCCCUCUCCACCACAGGUAUCGCAUCUUCCCGUAUUACCCGCUCUUACGCAACUCUGUAUUCUUUGGAUUGGCUUCUGCUGUCAUUCACCCUGUUGUCGUCGUUGCCUUCGAAUCAGCAGAGCAGCAACAGGGAAGAUUCCGGAGGAUCCCAUAAGAUGUUGAUGCUCGACGAGAUAAACUAUAACUUUCAGCCUGUCGAUGUGCAGUGCCGCCCCGUGGCUGGCCCAUUUUCUGUCCGUUUACCGGCGUCGACCAGCAGCGGUAUGCGUGUCCAACCUGAGGGCAGAGACAGGACCAUGUCUCCGGGUUUUCCCCAAAUGGAACAUCGGCUAGAUUCACCAGAAGCCGAUGCCUAUCGCCGCUCAUCUUCGCCUCACCGUUACCGAUGGCCACUACUGGUGCACCAUCAGGCGGCCGUCCACUCACCAGGCAAUUUGUUCUUACUUCCAUAUAGUCGUCAGGAAGUAUACCAGCGCGGAACUGGCCAAUGUAUUGUUGAAACCCGCGCACAUUCAUCGAAGGCUCACAACGUCAGUCUGCCAGAAUUGGCAGACCAUGACCGGGACCGGAUUCGAUACUCAUCAAGCGUUCUGUCGGUGCAUGGGUACAGACCUCAUCACUCUCCAGUAGUCAUUCACCAACACGAGAAUCUGACACCAGCUGAGAAUGACUUUGUUCUCUAUCCACCGAAAAUUCCGUCACCGUAUGAACCAGAAAUUGAACGAUCCUGGGAAAUUCGCUCUCCACAGUCAUCAGGACGACCUCAAGCACCGCGACCAAGGCGGCUGCCCACACCUGAGCUGGAAAACUUUGAAGAAGUGGGUUUCUGUGAUUGUCGCAACUGCCAUGUAGUCGAGGACAUCUGUAAGCAGUGUGGCUUGGAGAUAGACCCUUUUUCGAGAUAG